AUGAACCGUGUGGCCGCCGUCUCCACUCACGUCUCGGGUGGUCCUCCAAACAACUACAGGGAUGAGAAGAGGCCUGAUGACGUAGUCAUCUGCGCUGCCUUGAGGACCCCACUCUGCAAGGCCAAGAGAGGAUCCUUUCGUACGACUUCGGUCGAGGAUAUGAUGUGCCCAGUGAUGAAAGCUGUGCUCGAGAGGACUGGUGUAGACCCGAGGACCAUCGGGGAUGUUCAAAUGGGCAACGUGCUGCAGUCUGGUUCGGGUGUAGUCCCGGCUCGCAUGGCUGCUCUGAUGGCUGGCAUCCCGGUUGAGGUUCCAACAGUUUCAAUUAACCGUCAGUGUUCGAGUGGCCUCCAGGCAGUAGCUAACAUAGCUUCUGAUAUCAAAGCCGGCUAUAUCAAAGUUGGGCUUGCUGGUGGUGUUGAAAGCAUGAGCAUGUAUGAUAUGAUGACAGCGUUGGACCCGAGUAAAGUCUCCGAGAACGUCUUCGAGCACGAAGUUGCUAGGAACUGCCUUAUUCCGAUGGGAAUGACCAGUGAGAACGUCGCUACCAAGUUCGGAAUCACUCGCGAGGUCCAAGACAGAAUGGCUGUGGAGUCGCAUCGUAAGGCAUGCAAGGCUCAGAAGGAUGGACUGUUUGAUGACGAAAUUGUCCCAGUCGUGACCAAGAUUGUUGAUCCGAAGACCGGCAAGUCCACUACAGUGACAGUGACCAAGGACGAGGGUUGCAAACCCGAUACGACUUUGGAAGGUCUUUCCUCUCUCCGCCCUGCCUUCCUCAAAGGUGGUUCAACUACUGCUGGGAAUGCCUCUCAAGUGACUGAUGGCGCUGCCUGUGUCCUCCUUGCUCGCCGAGAUGAGGCCCAAAGACAGGGGCUGCCCAUACUGGCUAGAUUGCAAGGUUUCUCAGCAGUUGGUGUCCCACCCGAGAUUAUGGGCAUCGGUCCCGCCGCGGCCAUUCCUGCAGUACUCGCUCAGACUGGCCUUAAAGUUGACGAUAUCGACAUAUUCGAGAUCAACGAGGCGUUUGCCAGUCAGGCAACAUACUGUGUGCACAAGUUGAAGAUUCCAGCUGAGAAGUUGAACCCGAAGGGAGGUGCCAUCGCGCUUGGACACCCACUAGGGUGCACUGGCGCUAGGCAGAUCGCCACGCUACUCCCAGAAAUGAAACGUAAACGGUUAGUUUGCACCAAAGCUAAACUCGGCGUCGUUUCGAUGUGCAUCGGUGGUGGAAUGGGCGCCGCAGGUGUGAUUGUAAACGAACAAUAG